UUUCAUCCUGUACAUAAAGAACAAUGAUAACUCCCCAUCAGUUAUUCGAAUGAGAAUUACUUGUGGAGGAAUUGUGACGUUUUCAACAUGGGAAUAAAAGAAGCUGUGAUUUUUCUCUUACUGAUUUGUAUCCAGUCAAUAUCUUGCGUACCAGUCGAAAUUGACGAUGAUCCUUUUUGUGACAAUUACCACGAGUUGGUUUCAUAUGAUAUAGGAUGCAGGCCAGACGGUUUCUUUAAGAUGAGACAUCUCUCAAGAAUGAUUGAAGUCUCACGAGAUGACGCUCUAAGUGACGUACGAGCAACGUGCAGCAAUGAGACAAAUAAGGAGGCCUACAAUAACUGUAUGAAUUUGUUGUCUCUCAAAUGUCCAGUGCAAUAUGUCGAGGUGGAUGAGUUUUUAAGAAAUAAGAUGAACAUGUUUUGCGAUGGUAGCGAUGUCUCAGACUGGAUUCAGAAAGUAGUACACGACGGGUUUUCCAACAAACGUACUUGUUUAAUGGUAACUGACGACGUACUGACUAACUGUGUGGAGGAGCUCAAUAUUGAAAACAGAGUUCCAGGAUCUAAUGUUUCCUUUGCAAUGGCAUUGGAACUCUUUCCAUCGAUUAUUACCGAGAUGUUUCAUUGUAUGAAGACAAAGUUUACCUUAACACCAACUCCGAGUGACGGUUGUGUUAGCUCUUGGCAAGAUAUACUGAUACACUAUUGGACGGACUUGAUGUUUACGUCAAGCUUUUUUUCGCUCUUGUCUGUCCAAGAUGCACAAGAACUUCUGGCUAUUGCGGAGAGUGUCUCCGGAGGAGAGAUCCUUAAUAUUUAGAACUUUACACACGCAUACAAAUGCAAACACGGGCAAAAAUGGAUUUAAUAUAUAUCCUAAUGUUGGUGUAUUCUUUCAGAAAGUUCUAUUUCUGGGCAUUCUAGUCUAUAUAUAUACAUGUACUCCUUACUAAAAAACGUCAUGUAUAUUUGUUUUUCCACAAAUAUAUGAAUCUGGAAUGCCUACAAAAUUUGGAAAAAAUACAAUUAAUUGCAUGAUGUAUAUUCGUAAUAAAAGUCAGUGAUGUAUUUUGAUGUUUGUUAGAUGUAAUAUCUUGGCUAUCCUCAAAGACUUAUCAAUGCUCACAAUAGUCCCGGCCUUGAUCCGUGCACAAGCGUUGAAAGGUAUCUAUUAAAUGUAUGACUGAAAAGUUCAAAACAGCUAUAUGGUAAAUAGUUAGAAAUACAUGUAAAUGUACAUGUCUAUUCAUAAUCAAUUUUACUAUAUACUAAACGUAUGUCAAGUAUGACGGAAAUUUACGCUUUAAUUUUAUAUCAUUACAAUGGUAGGGUAGGCAGGGCUUUUGUCUUUAUUUUGAUUCAUUAAAAAUUUAUAUACUGAAAAGAAAGAAAGUGAGUAAAACUCAAGUCA